ACUCAAAAAUUGCUAUAUGGCCUUCUGAGACAUCUCACUACUUUUUGGAGCGUCUUCUACACCAACAACAAAGGAGAAAGAAUGGAGAUAAUGGGUUGAAAAAAAAACAAUUUCAAGUAGUCUCAACUGAAUUAUAUGAUAGAUUUCAUAUGACACAUGACUAGGGACAGUGCCGCAAUCACUACAGGAUAUGGAAAGCAAGGUUGAAGUCGCUUGUUGACUUGCAAAAAAACAGUGGAAUGGGUUGGAAUGACCAUGAGAAGUAGUUUGAUGCACCGCAACAUAUGUGGAAUGAAUUCAAGAAACAAGAGCAAAGAUUUUGGAGAGAGCAUAGAGUGCUUCCCAUUCACCUACAAACUGUUGAAUGGAUGCAUAAUGAAAUUGCUACCGGGGCUGGAUCUUCACACCCAUCCGAUGCAAUCAAUGAGGACCAGCCUUACAUUCCAGUGCCAAUUGAUGAAGAAAUUAGCUUGUACAAUUAUGAUGCUAUUGAUGAUAAUGUUGGUGAAAGUGCCCAUUAUACUCCCAAUGCAAGUAGCAAUUGUUCCCGUGGUAGGCCUAGUUCAGGGGUAACAAGUAAAGAGAAGAAGAAGAAAGGAGGUGCAGAGAAGGUUAUUAGUCCUUUGAAGGUGAUAGCCAAUGCAAUUAUGGAGAUGGCCAAGCAAGACCCCCGGAAGGAAUUUGUAAAAAAAUUAUGUAUUGAGAUUGAUGCACUUCCAGGAGUUGAGUUUGAUAAAAAAUUGCGUGCUAAACAAUUCUCCAUGCAACAUAAGGAAUUGGCUCUCAUCUUCUUGAAUGCCAACGAGGUAGAUAAGCCUAAAGUGUUUGAACACUACAUGAAGAAUAUCGAAGAUGGUGGUCAAGAUUGAGGAGGUGUCACUUUAUUUAUUUAUGAUUAGUGUGUUGUUUCAAAACAUGAGUAAAUACUAACUAGACAAUAUAUGACAAACAUUUGCAAUGCUUAUUUUGGUGAUGUAAUAGUGACUCGAUUUUUGAACUCUCUCAUUUAAACUGAUCAGCUGGUGAUUGGUAAGCUUCUGUAAGAAGGUAUUAUGAGUUUUAUUGGAAAGUAAUAGAGUUGGAUGUCUGUUUAUCUAUAAUGCUCAUGGGCAUAUAUGGUAAAUUAGUUUUUGCUAUGGUGUGUGAUCCUUCAUGGGUCGUCUGAUUCUGAAGAGCAAAGCUGCAAUAGUAAAUUUUCUGCAUACUAACAAUUUCUACAUGUAGGGUUUUUUUUUGGUCUUAUGCUGAGUAUUUUUUUCUUAGACUUGGCACAUAAUGCUUUGAAUUCCAUUGGCUUCUUGAAAGGAAAUCUUUGGGUAAGAUAAACUUGUAGGGUAUUAAUAAUUAAAUGGUUCACAGA